CAUUAUGUCUACAUUUUUUAAAACAAAAUCUAUUAGACAAAUGUAAAUAUUUUGGAUUCUAUUUUCGGAUUGAAAAAACAUAAUAUUAGUCAAAAUUUAAUCAGCAUGUUGAGAGAAGAAAGGGCGGCCAAGAGACCAACUAAAUAGACCAGCAUAAAAAUGCCUUCGAGGAAAUGUUUCUGCCCAGUCACCCAUGUCAUAUUCGAUUGCGAUGGCACCUUGAUGGAUAGCGAAGUCAUUUACCUAAGAGCAGUUCAAGAAAUUUUAGAUCGGUUUGGCAUAACUUACAACACAACUGAUCAUACCCAUCACUUGGGAAUGCCAGUGGACACUUUUUCGCAGGCCAUCGUGCAGGAGAUGAAUCUUCCUAUAAAGAAAGAGGAAUUCCUCGAAAUUUUCCAAUCACUUUCUAAUCGAUAUUUGGCAAAUGUUCCGCUGCUACCAGGGGUCAAGGAUUUGAUACUCCAUUUGCACGAAUACCGAAUACCCUUCUGCAUUGCCACAAGUUCGGGAAGAGAGCUGUUUAAGCUGAAGGCCAAGCCACAUAAGGACAUAAUGCUGGCCUUUCAUCACGUUGUCUGUGGAGACGAUCCCCAAUUGCCAAUUGGCAGGGGAAAACCCAAGCCGGAUAUUUUUCUUCUGGCCGCCUCGAGAUUCAAUCCACCAGCGGAUCCCAAAAAGUGCCUGAUAUUCGAGGAUUCUCCGGCUGGACUAAGAGGUGGUAUGGAAUCUGGAUCACAGGUCGUUUUUAUACCCCAGCCUCAUGUGACCAAGGAGCAGAGAAAAGGCGCCACUUUGGUGCUCAAAUCGAUGACGGAAUUUAAGCCCGAGCUAUUUGGCCUCCCCGCCUUCGGAAACUGCUCCAAAUUCGAAUUUGGCUAACUAUAAAUUCAUCUCUAGAAACUUGUAGAUCUUUAAAAAUAAAAUAUAUCAAAUUUAAAGUA